AUGCAGACACAUUCCAGCAUCCUGUCCUCCUGGGUACCGAGCAGCUCACGUGCCGGUGUCAUCUUAAACGGCUCUCCGGGGGGAACCGGUUCCGUACGGAGUAGCUACAGCUCACUGGUGGAGGGAGUAGAUGACUCUUUUUGCUCGCAGUUCGCACCUCUACCAGCGUCCAUUGGGAGCAGCGUAGACGCGGAGGUCCCGCUGGGGUCUGGACCAUCUCAGGGAGCGUCCACUCAUGCAUAUGGACCACUGAAUGGAGGAACAGGGACCGUUGAGGAGAUUUUGAAAUGUACACAGGACCUGCCGCUGGUGACGAAGCUUGAACAGCUGAAGAAAUGGCAGCAGCAUAUGCAGGAGCAACUGAAGGCUCAUCAACUGGAGGAGCUACUUAGACUACAGGAUGUGCAGCACGGGGUCCCUCACAGGGCACAGCACGAAACAGAGGUCUCUGAGUCCUCGGGGUCUUGUUUGGGAGAGGAAAGUCCAGGGACAGGAUUAUCUCAUCUCGUCCUGUCACCCACGUCUCACACACACUCCAGAACCAGAACUCCAGAGACCCAGUUCACACACUCUCAUCAGCAAGACCAGACGGAUGAAGAAGAGCAAGACAGCACUCAGGAAGCCAGUAGGUGGAGCCCGGAAAAGCAGUCAAAUUCUGGAGAUGAUCAGAGUGCAGAAAUCUCAGUGCAGUCCAUGAGAGAAGACCAGUCUGUGAUAAAUGACAAGAGUCACACAGGAGUCCAGGACAGGCCAAUCCGACCGAAUCCUGGUGGACGAACCUUUGAGGAGCUUCUGGAGCAGCAACUGAAACUAGAAGACCAGAGGCUCACAGGGAAGAACGCUUCCUCUGAGCCAGUGAAAGUGAAGAGGCCUUUUCUGAGACGAGGAGAGGGCCUCUCCAGGUUCACACGAGGUAAAGCCCCCGGACCACACAGAGGUGGAGCCAAAACUCACAUCAGUCCCAGACCCUCCCCGAGUUCAGACGGCAGACCCUCCAAAGGCCCAGAGCCCAGUAAGGCAUCUCAGAGAUGCCCCAGUACAGCCGGUGCCACCGGCCCACGGGUCCCCAUCCAGCGCAAAACUGCAGUACGCAGCAAGGAGAACCUCCCGCAGAACGUCACAUCACUGGCUGUAACCAAGACGACAGCCCAUUCUCAUGUAACCAAGACGACAGCUCAUUCUCAUGUAACCAAGACGACAAACCAUUCUCACGUAUUAGGCAUGCAUCAGGGGACAAACAUCGCUUCUGUGCCCUUACGACCCCAAACCCAGAUUCCUGGGAAACCUAACUCCUCUGCUCAGCUGAAGGUCGGCUCUGUGACCGUGGUUUCAGAGAAGAUUGACAAGAGCGGUUCAGUCGGCGUGACGGAGCGUGCUCAGUGUGUUUCGGGUUCGGGAGAGCGAGACGUGCGCCCGGAGGAGCGUGACGCCCGCGUCGCCGAGCACUCCUUCGAGGUGUGGUUUGCGGAACGCGGCGAACGCUGGGAGCGCGAACACCAGCGUGAGUUUGCCGAGCUCGGGGAGUUUGAGUUGCUGGAGCAGGCCGCGGACGAACUCUCGUUUUCCAGCAACUCGUCUUUCGUCAGGUCCCUCCUGAAUCGUGACCCCAGGCGCCUGUCCUCCACUCCCAUCAAAGCACCACGCCUGCGAAACCAGCUGAACCCCCUGCUCGAGGUUCCUGCUGCCGGUGGCAAGUCGGAGAGAGCAGGAGUUUGUGUGAGUGUGAGACAGGGCAAGGUGAUGCCUGGCUCCACAGACGGAGAGGAGGUGGAGGAGGACAAGCAUGUUGAGUCCAACGCCUCCUCUCAAAGUAGCUUAGACUUUUGUCUCCACCAGGCAGCGUCAGCUCCUCCCGCCAGCGAGUGCUUCCGUGUGACAGAACCGCCUUACGACAAGCGCUCUUACCAGGACGGAGAGAGAGCUUUCCAUCGAGACGGGAGAGACGGGAACGCCAGUGACCAGGAUUCUACCCUCGUGGGCGCCGGGGAGCAGGUGGAAUUUGACGACGACAACACCUGGCACGAGUCAGAGGAAAUCACCCCCUGUUCCUCCGAGCUGGAUAGUUUCAGUCAGCCAGAGAGGACGCUGACGAGAAAAGUCGCUACCGCAAAAGGGGUGGAGCCCGAGGGCUGUACACAGAGCCGAUUGGACGAUGAGCCAAAGGCCCAGCCCACCUCACAGCUGGUGGCCAAGCUGUUUCCAGCACUCAAGCCAAAACCCGUCCCGCCGACGUCACAGCAAAAGGAGAGUGCACUCAGCGAGCAGGCGACAGUUCAGUCGCGGCUGCUCCGGGAGCGCUUGGUGGAGCUGGAGACGGAGAUUGAGCGUUUUAAAAGGGAGAACGCUGCGUUGGCACGGUUACAGAGGGAGAACAGGGAAGCUCAGGAGAGCUUACGAAAGGAGAGGGCGGAGUUUGAGCGGCAGAAGGCGGAGGAACAGUGUCGGUGGGAGGAGUUUAAACAGGAGGAGAGCAGGAAGCUGCAGCGUGAGAGGAAGCUCUUUGAGAAACACUGUGCUGCCACCAGGGCUAGACCUGACAAACAGGAACGAGAGGAGAUCCAGUCCUUGAGGCAGCAGCUGAGCUCUCUGCAGGAAGAUGUGAAGCGGCGUGAGACCCGCUGGACCAGCGCCCAGAACCGGCUCCGGCAGCAGAUAGACAGCCUUACCGCUGAGAACGCCUCUCUCAGAGAGCAGGUCCACGCCCUGGAGAAGCUCCGCCUCCACGCCUGGAAACACGCCGAGAGGGAGAGACGGAGUGAGAGCAGGGAGGGGGAGAGAGAGAAAGGGAGAGGGAGGUCUGUAUGUUCAGACGGUCGCUCCAGCGCUGCAAACAGAAGAACGAAAUCUAGAAGUCCGUGCAGGAGUGUGAAGAGCAGUCCUCCACAGGGAAGAGGCAGUUCUGAUGAAAUCCCGCAAUCCCAGAGUCCUCUGAGUCUGUCCACAUCGUCAGGAAGUUCAUGCGGCAGCCAGCGGAAGACCAGCCCACAGGCGUCUCCUGGGCGGAGCUCCGAUGAUCUUGUGACGUCUGAUUGGCAGAGCCUGGACACAGGUCUCAGCGAAGACUCCACUCAGCUGGUUUCUUCAGAACCGGAUGUUCAGAGGUUUCCCGUUGGACAGGGGGAGAUGACGCACUCUGACGGCAAGACGGAGAAGGCUCUUCCCGACGGAGGGCGCCUCAUCGUCUUCCCAAACGGCACGCGGAAGGAGCUGUCUGCGGACGGGCGGACCGCUAAAGUCACAUUUUUCAACGGGGACGUCAAACACGUCACGGCUGACCAGCGAGUGAUUUAUUACUACGCAGAGGCACAGACCACACACACCACCUACCCCGACGGCAUGGAGGUGCUGCAGUUCCCCAACGGACAGACAGAAAAACAUUUCCCCGACGGCCGAAAAGAAAUAACCUUCCCCGACCAGACGGUGAAAACGCUUCAUCCCGACGGCACCGAGGAAAGCGUUCUCACAGACGGCACCAUCGUCCACAUCAACCCAGACGGCAGUAAACAGAUCCAGUUUAACACAGGUCAGCGUGAACUCCACACGGCAGAAUUCAAAAGGCGUGAAUAUCCGGACGGCACGGUAAAAACCGUUUACUCCGACGGCCGCCAGGAGACACGAUACCCAACCGGUCGCCUACGGCUUAAAGACCCCCAGGGCCGUGUUGUCAUGGACACCAAAACUUGA